AUGGGGAUCAAGAAAUCAAACAAACUCCCUCAAGCAGCACUCAUUAAGCAAAUCCUCAAAAGAUGUUCUAGUUUAGGCAAGAAGCAUGGAUACGACGUCGAUGGCCUCCCUCUCGACGUCCCUAAAGGCCAUUUUCCGGUCUACGUCGGCGCUAAUAGAACAAGAUACAUCGUUCCGAUUUCUUUCUUGACACACCCUGAAUUCCAACGCCUACUUCGUUAUGCUGAGGAGGAGUUCGGAUUUCAUCACGAAAUGGGCCUCACGAUCCCUUGCGAAGAAGUGGUUUUCCGAUCUCUUACCUCCAUGCUCCGGUGA